AUGGCAACCUCUCAUUUUGGCCUCUUAGAGGAACGAGAAGAAAAUGAGUUGCACAAGACCCGUCUCCUCAAUGUAGAAGAGAAGCCCUUCAAGCGGCUUACCAAACGCCUCGUCGCGCCCGGCGCCUUCACGAGUCCCGGGAAGCUGCUCACACCUCCCCCCGACGGUACCAACGAUACCGAAACAAACUCAUCACCGGCAAUCGAUAUUAGCGCGCUAAAAGAAGACAUUAUGCUUGACUUCGAGGCGUUCGACGCGCAGAUCCUACGAUUACAACUUCUAGGGACAGCGAACGCGCAGGAGCGCGAGCGGUACGCGGCGGAUAGGAUUCGCAUCCUAGAGACGAUGGAGUCGGUGCGGGAGGGCAACGCACGGCUGAAAGCGCAACUCGACGAACGAAGCGCGCGCGACGCUCGCCCAACGCCGCAAGCCACCAACCUGGCUAAAUUGGCCGAGGAGUGUGAGGACUUGCACCGCGAGAGCGAGACGUAUGGCGCUACAUGGCGAGACCGCCGCGAGCAGUUCGAGCGUCUGGUUGAAGAGGGUAAGAGGCUGCGUGCUUUGAUCCGAGACGAGAAAGAGGAAGUGGAGCGCAGGGAAGGCAUGGAUUCAGAUGCGGAGGAUGGAGAGGCUGCCGCUACACCUGGUAAGGGCGGGCUUGUCAGCGGAAACAAUACGCCAAUCCUGAUAGGGUGCUGUCUCUGGAGGUGGAAAACCCCGAGACCUGACAGUCCGGGCGCUGGAGGUCCUCCCGGGUUGAAGCCGCGACUCGAUGUCAGCGGAACUUUCUCACGAGCAGGAAGCCAGGCGCCAAGUCAACGGGCGGGAAGCCAGAAUCCGAGAGAAGAGCCAGAAGAGGGUGAGGAUGUCGAGAUGGGCGAGUCAACGCAACAGAACCAACAGGUCGAUACCCCUGUGGCGGAGGAUGCAUCGCAGACACCCCAAAUUACGGUCGAGGCACCUGGUGCUGGUAAUGGCGAUAGUAUGGAUAUAUCAUGA